AUGUCCCCCAUAAUCUCCCUCGCCCUCGCCGCCCUCAGCCUAUCCACCCUAACCAGCGCCUCCUGCCAGCUCCAAAACCAACUCAAAUCCAAAACCGGCAAAGAACCCAGCACGCACCUCUGCGUCCCGCAAGGCGCCGGGUCCUGGACCCUCGCAAUGGACGUGCACGAAAUCGACGUCCCGACCUUCGACUCCAGCGCGCCAUGGGCAGGUCUCGUAUCGGGCAACUCAUUCAUGCUGUAUGAUAACGCGUGUAAUAUCAAGGGUGUCUACGCGCCGCAAUCGCAGAGCAACCAUUGCGGCAGCCCGUACGUUAUCGAGGAGAACUUCCUGCCGUACGUGUUGACGAUUAAGUCUGUGGACUUCGAUGUGGGGAGCCCGAGGUUCAAGUUCGCGUAUGCGGAUGGGGAGUACUCGAUUGGCGAGAAUGGCUGCGCGUGUAAGAAUGUCUCGCAUGGGUUGGAGGGGGAGCAGGCUUGUAAAUGUGCUUUUCCGCUUCAUGGGCAGAAGUAG